AUGUUUGGGGGCAAUUCCCAAAGCCCAACCAAAGAAAGCCCAGACACUCCAAUUGCUUCGCAUCCAGCUCAGAACAAGGCUGCAGGCCCCGGAAGUAUACCAAAUGGUCUAGAUCUAGACGCUGUAGAUGAAGACUCACCCACAUCCCCUGGUCGCACUCAAAGCUUAAGCACACCGCGAAAUUCGCAAGAUCCUGCUGGGGAAAAGAAGAGGAGGAGUAGUGGGUUUGGUAAAGCGGGAACGCUUUUCGCGAAUGCCAAAAAUUCCCUUCAUUUAUCUGGCUCAUCGAAUUCUAAUUCUGAAAGUGGCCCCAUGAGCCCUUCACAGCCCUCGGCAAUUUCGAAGCUUGGAAAGACAGACCCUGCUUUGAGUGUUCCUCAAGGCUCAUUGAACAAUUCCGCUGGCGAGUCUAAACCUGGACCAAGGUCGACGUUCAAGAUUGGCGUCACUGAGGACAAGAAUAGAAAAUGCCGCCGGAAUAUGGAAGACACUCAUGCUUACUUGUACAAUUUUCUGAGUACACCGGCGCCAAAGAUAGCCUCAGAUACGGAUUCGGCUUCAAGCGCGAAGAACAGUGAAGCAUCAAAAGAAAAUCACGACUCGAAGACAAGCCUCAACAAGAUAUCCAGCGACCAAUCAGUUGUUGAAACAGAUAAUGGUUAUUUUGCGAUCUUCGAUGGUCAUGCUGGCACUUUUGCUGCCGACUGGUGUGGAAAGAAGUUACAUGUUUUGUUAGAAGAUGCAAUACGCAAAAAUCCGAAUACGCCCAUCCCGGAAUUGCUGGACCAGACGUUCACAAACGUGGAUCAACAGCUUGAUAAGCUUCCCUUGAAGAAUAGCGGGUGUACCGCGAUCUGCGCAGUACUGCGCUGGGAAGACCGAAUACCGAACUCACAGUCAGCAACAGGCUCAACUGCCAUAGCCCCUGCUGCAGCUGCAGCAGUCAAGGCAGCAUCAGAAUCCCAGUCGGAUAAAGACUCCAAGUCGGAAGAGCAGCCUUCAACACCCUCAUCUAGAGCUGCUGUACCAGGGUUUGCUUCCACCUCGCCUAUGCCAAAGCUUCAGAAUUCGGCUACUCGGCAGCGAGUUCUGUACACCGCCAAUGUCGGUGACGCUCGUAUCGUACUCUGCCGUAACGGAAAAGCACUUCGCCUUUCAUACGACCACAAGGGCAGUGACGAGAAUGAGGGAAAGAGGAUAUCAAAUGCUGGUGGCCUAAUCCUGAAUAAUCGUGUAAACGGCGUUCUAGCGGUGACGCGGGCCCUGGGCGACGCGUAUAUGAAGGAGUUGGUUACUGGCCAUCCUUACACUACGGAGACUGUGAUACAAGCGGACAUUGACGAGUUUCUCAUUUUAGCAUGCGAUGGUUUAUGGGACGUCUGUACGGACCAAGAAGCAGUUGAUCUGAUACGAUAUACACAAGAUCCUCAGACAGCGUCGAAAAUGCUGGUUGAUCACGCGCUUCAACGCUUCAGCACUGAUAAUCUUUCGUGUAUGAUUGUUCGCUUCGACGGCAAGGCGCUGCAACAGAAUUUAGACCAAAAAGAACCUCCAAUUGGGGUUGAUGGUGACCAAUCGGAAACGAAAGGGGGAAUCAGUGAGGCGGAAAACUUGGUCAAGGAAGCGCGGAAAAGUAUUGGCGAUGUACAAGGCAUCAACGACGAGCUCAAAGAGGAGGUCGAGCAGGAGGCAGCGCAGGAACGCGAAAUGAAAGAGCCGGGCCCGGAGCUGAACACAAAUGCGCUCAAAGACCCUCCUGUUAAGAACGCGUGA